GUUAAUUAGUAACUUAUCUUAGGUAGUGGAUUAAUCGUGUGUAUAUUUAGCUUGAUUCAUUCGCUUGGGAUGAGCAGGUACUUUGCACCUGUAGCCUCACGGCUUGAAAACUCUCUCGACUUUCCCGGUUAGGUAUGUUGUUUACCUUCAUUUUUACAAAGAUGAAAUUCGUUUGUAUAUCUGGCUAAUGCUGAUGUCCCAGCUUCAGAGGCACUUCGCACUCCCAGACUGGUUAUCUGGCUUACGUGGAAACAAAGCAAUGCGUCCCUUAACCUCUAUUAAGCCGGAUUUAACCUGACCGACUCUCCAUUAAUGAUAUAAAGUGACCUGGCUGGGGUUCUUAGGAAUUUUUUGUGUGUAUGUAUCAUUGGGGAAUACGACUACUGGACUAGUUUACUUAGAUUUGACAUCACGGCACCCUAUGGUGCUCCUGCAGGCACCGAGACAUGGAUGUUCCCCAGGCCGUUUUCCCAAACGGUGAGGGGCGCCUGAGCCUCCAAGACCAUGUCUGGACGGAGUCCUCCAGCUCGGGGACUUGGGCUCACUCUGCACCCGUGUGUCCCCGCUCGCUCUGGACCGCGGUGUUUGACUACGAGGCCAGCGGGGAGGACGAGCUCAGCCUGCAGCGAGGAGAUGUGGUGGAGGUCCUGUCUAAGGACGCUGCCAUCUCUGGAGACGAAGGCUGGUGGACUGGUAAAAUUAACCAUCGCGUGGGCAUCUUCCCAUCUAAUUAUGUUACUUACCAACCAGCCAUUUAUAGAGCGGUAGGGGCUCGCGAGAGCGACCCGUCCGCACCUGUUCGGAUACCGUUCUCUGAACUUGUUCUACAAGAAAUCAUCGGCGUCGGUGGGUUUGGCAAAGUCUACCGGGGGACCUGGAAGGACCAGGAGGUCGCGGUAAAGGCAGCUCGACAGGACCCCGAUGAGGACAUUAAAGCGACUGCAGACAGUGUUAAGCAAGAAGCCAAACUUUUCUCGAUGCUUCAACAUCCUAAUAUUAUUAAACUGGAGGGGGUGUGUUUGGAGGAGCCUAACCUGUGUCUGGUCAUGGAAUAUGCCCGAGGAGGGACUUUGAACCGCGCUUUGACGUGCAGGAGGAUCCCCCCUCAUAUCCUCGUAAACUGGGCCGUCCAGAUCGCCAGAGGCAUGCAGUAUCUCCACGAGGAGGCUGUGGUUCCCAUUAUUCACCGAGACCUCAAGUCCAGCAACAUUUUACUACUUGAAAAAAUUGAGAAUGAUGACAUUGGUCGAAAAAUCCUGAAGAUUACUGACUUCGGCCUGGCCCGUGAGUGGCACAAAACGACCAAAAUGAGUGCAGCUGGCACUUAUUCCUGGAUGGCUCCUGAGGUCAUCAAGUCCUCUCUGUUUUCCAAAGGGAGUGAUGUCUGGAGGUUCACAGAAACGUUAGUUAAUGGCAGCAGUAACUCUCAGGCCAGUCCAGCUGAUUUCUCUACCACUUCCCUGAAAAAGAAGGCUGACAGAGGGCCUGCUCAAGAGAAGCAAGCCUCCAGAGAAUCAGCAUCUAGACACCGGCCGCUUUCCCUAAGAAGCAAACCCCACUCCUGGGGUCUUCUGAAGAGCCGCAAUAAGAGCUAUUCUCUUGGGCACUACUCUGGGGAGCAGAGUGCCCAAAACUUGGACAUAGUCCUCCCCUCAGAGGUCAAAAUGGGCUGCUCUUUGCUGGAUAUGGACACAGAGGGUCAAAAACGAGACUGCACGGUUCCCCUCUGUCGAAUACAGAGCACACCAAGUCGACCGUCUGUCUUUGAACUGGAGAAAGAGUUUUUAUCCUGAAAUAAGCUGCAUCUGGAACACGGUCUUAUUUUUGUCUUGAAGCUGUCUGUUCAACAUGACAUUUAGUUGUUUUUAUUUUCCCCCAAGAUUAACAUCAUGGCCUUUGAUCAAUAUUUGAGCCAUUGCUGCUGGAGAUAUUCUGUGGUACUUUUAUUUAUAUGCGGUUUACUUUGAUAUGUAAUUUAAUAUGAAGUGACAUAUAUGAAGUGAAUGAUCAACAUUCCACUGAAUUUACAGUAGAAUUGCUGGUUUGUAGUGAUUUGAUUUGUAAACGUUUUACACUGAUGAACAAGAUCUCAGAUUCUGUUAGAAACUACAGAUUUUUAAAGUGUUCAGGCAUUUUUGUCAUUUGAUUUCGUAUCACGUAAUGUCAUAUGAAAGGCAUAAACAGGGCCCACAGUGUUAAUAUAAAUAAUAAUAGUUGUACAGAUGAAGUGGCAUAGCUAAUGUGAUUGACCAAACUAACAGACCUCACGUUUGCCAGCCCAAACAGCGCAGUUCCCUACAUAGCUCUUUAUUUUUCCUGUACUAAUACAUUACAUUUUCAGGGUUUUGUCUUUUGUGACCUAUUUGAAAAUGUUUCCUACCUUUUUUUUUGGUUUUGUUUUUUAUUUUUUCCUCUCUAAAGUUAUAUUGGAGAGGAACCUC